UAUUUUUUUAAAGUUCACCGUUCUUUGCAGGUCAAUUUUGAUUUCCUGAAGGCAUAACUUGAAUUACAGUGUCGAAGUUCCUCAUAAUUAUUGUGACAAGGUGGUUGGAAAUCCUGUCCUUUAACUUGCUGUAAAUUUCCUGAGAUCUCAUCAUUGUCUUGGAAAGCUGAUGCCAAACUCAUAGUAUGGACUCGCACCAGCUUUUCAGAUACGGUGUGGCCGGCGGUGGCCUAUCGUACUCAACCUCUUAUUCAACUUUUCCUUCAAUACCUAACAGGCUGUUUAGUUCUUUGAAAUCUGACAUAGGAAACUCACCCAACUCUCCCUUUUCGACUCCAUUUGAUUGUGAUACCAACACCACAUUGAGUGAUAGCCAGGAGCAGCAUAGCUCUACGGAGAAUCUCUCCGGACUUAGCCCUUCUUGCAACUCUUCACUUGAAUCCAAUACUUAUUUCCAUCGAUUGAGUCCACAAGAUGCAUAUUCUGGCCACAAAGUAAUAUACACUCUGCAGGAAUUGGAGACCGCGCUUAUGGCGCCCGAUGAGGAUGAAGAGAUAACCACCCCUAGUGUUUCCCGUGGAGAAAGUAGUAGACCACAGACAACCGGCCAGCGAUCUUUGGUGCUUCAGCCUCAGACAGCCUUUGUCUCUAGCUGUAGGCAGUCAGGUGAAGUUGCUCACGUUGAGAAACAUCGGAAAUCAAUCGAUGGUUUGUUUCUGCAGGAUAUUCCUUCCGGCAAUCUGAAGCAGUUGCUGAUUGCUUGUGCUAAGGUCCUCUCUGAAAACUAUAUUGCUGAAUUUGAUAAGUUGAUCACCAAGGCUAAGGAUGCUGUGUCCAUCAGUGGGGAACCGAUCCAGAGGCUUGGUGCUUACUUGGUGGAAGGUUUGGUGGCAAGGAAAGAAGCAUCAGGGUCGAGCAUGUAUCGUGCCCUUCGUUGUAGAGAGCCUAAAGGCAAGGACUUGCUCUCCUACAUGCAAAUCCUGUAUGAAAUCUGCCCAUACUUAAAGCUCGGCUACAUGGCAGCCAAUGGAGCUAUUGCUGAAGCAUGCCGAAUGGAAAAUCGCAUUCACAUUAUUGAUUUCCAGAUUGCUCAGGGAACACAAUGGGUGACUCUCUUGCAGGCACUUGCAGCCAGACCUGGUGGAGCUCCUUAUGUUCGGAUUACUGGAAUUGAUGACCCUCUUUCUAGAUAUGCUCGUGGUGGUGGAUUGGAAGCUGUCGAAAGACGCUUGGCUUCUCUGUCUGAGAAGUUCAAUAUUCCAGUUGAGUUUCAGGGAAUGCCGGUUUUUGCAGCAGAUAUCACAAGGGACAUGCUUGAUGUCAGGCCCGGGGAGGCUCUGGCUGUCAACUUCCCUCUGCAGCUCCAUCACACCCCUGAUGAGAGCGUGGACGUGAACAAUCCUAGGGAUGGGCUUCUACGAAUGGUGAAAUCACUUUCUCCCAAGGUCACUACAUUGGUAGAGCAAGAAUCAAACACGAACACAGCCCCUUUCCUCCCUAGAUUCAUUGAGACUCUGGAGUACUACUUGGCAAUGUUCGAGUCCAUAGACGAGACACUACCAAGGGACAGAAAAGAACGAGUCAACGUGGAGCAACAUUGCCUGGCCAGGGAUAUCGUGAACGUCAUUGCUUGCGACGGAGAAGAGAGGGUUGAACGCCAUGAGCUCUUCGGUAAGUGGAAGUCUAGGCUAACGAUGGCCGGAUUUCGACAAUACCCUUUAAGCACUUACGUAAAUUCGGUGAUACGAAGCCUGCUGAAGUGUUACUCUGAACACUAUACACUGGCGGAGAAGGAUGGUGCCAUCUUGUUGGGAUGGAAAGAUAGGAACCUGAUAUCAGCUUCUGCUUGGCACUGUGACAGCAGCUGAGAUUCAUACAAAGAUGUUGAAUAGCAUCCAUAUGAAUCGGAAAGGGUGGCAUUUUCGCAUACCAUUAAGCAAAUCACCACUGUUUCCUUUUGUUAAUUUGAUUUCUCUUCGACAGGAUUCGAUGUAUGUGCAAAAGAAUAUUGAAGGGAUAUGUUAUGUUAUAUUCUGGUUUAUGAUUCGAUGUAUGUAACACAAAUGUAUUCCCUCUCUUAUACAGAGAGAAGAAAGAAUGGGUCCUUAUUUUGUUUAUA